AUGAAGAAGUGUCGCCUCUGUGGUGAACUUCGUGAAGAUCAUGACCUUCGUCGAACGAAAGCAAAGAAAACUCUUCUUAUAAUGCUGUGUGGGAUGGUAUGGAGGGGCAGACUACGCGUUGGAGAAGCGCAGGAACUGUACAACCAAUCCCUUGUUUCACAAAAUAUCCUACUUUGUAUAAACCAUUUUUGCGAAACGGCAUCUUAUAUCAGCGAUGCAGUAGCCGCAAUAUGUGAUACUGUCACGUUGAAUCUGUUCACCAUGCCAGGCCAGGUCUUGGGAAAAAUUGCUACUCGUUUCGAGACAUACCAGCGUGCUAUCGAUCCGCACAUCCCGUUGAGCGCUUACGAUUGGCUACUUUUCAUCGUCUGUUUAGGGAUGAUAAUGUCGUGCCUUCUGCACGGAGUGGUGAUAAUGUCAACUUUGUCGAGGUGGAUCCUAGACGCGAAGAAAUUGAAACGC